UCCGGCGUACGUCUUUGUGCAAGAGGAAAGCUUUCACAUGAAAGUGUCUCUUGGUAACGGCGAUAUGGGCGUCUCUGCCCAUUUGCAGCCUUGCAAAGCAGGAACCACACGUUUCUUUACCAGCAAUACUCACAGUUCGGUGGUGUUGCAAGGCUUUGAUCAGCUUAGAAUAGAAGGAUUGCUUUGUGAUGUGACUCUGGUCCCGGGUGAUGGAGAUGAAAUCUUCCCUGUUCACAGAGCUAUGAUGGCAUCUGCUAGUGAUUAUUUCAAGGCUAUGUUCACAGGGGGAAUGAAAGAACAAGAUUUAAUGUGCAUUAAGCUUCAUGGAGUGAACAAGGUUGGUCUGAAGAAAAUAAUUGAUUUUAUUUAUACUGCAAAACUUUCUCUUAAUAUGGACAAUCUUCAGGACACACUUGAAGCUGCCAGCUUUUUACAAAUUUUACCUGUUUUGGAUUUCUGUAAAGUGUUUCUUAUUUCAGGAGUCUCUUUAGAUAACUGUGUUGAAGUUGGGCGAAUUGCUAACACCUAUAAUCUCAUAGAAGUGGAUAAAUAUGUCAAUAAUUUCAUCCUGAAGAAUUUUCCUGCGUUAUUGAGUACUGGGGAGUUUCUAAAACUCCCUUUUGAACGGCUCGCCUUUGUGCUUUCCAGCAAUAGUCUUAAGCACUGUACCGAACUCGAGCUGUUCAAGGCUGCCUGUCGCUGGCUAAGGUUGGAAGACCCUCGGAUGGAAUGUGCUGCAAAAUUAAUGAAGAAUAUUCGAUUUCCACUGAUGACACCACAGGACCUCAUCAAUUAUGUGCAGACAGUAGAUUUCAUGAGAACAGACAAUACCUGUGUGAAUUUGCUUUUGGAAGCCAGCAAUUACCAAAUGAUGCCGUAUAUGCAACCAGUGAUGCAGUCAGAUAGAACUGCCAUUCGAUCUGACUCAACGCACUUGGUUACAUUAGGAGGAGUUUUGAGGCAGCAGCUGGUUGUCAGUAAAGAAUUACGGAUGUAUGAUGAAAGGGCACAAGAGUGGAGAUCUUUAGCCCCCAUGGAUGCUCCUCGUUACCAGCAUGGCAUUGCUGUCAUUGGAAACUUUCUUUAUGUAGUUGGUGGUCAAAGUAAUUACGAUACGAAAGGAAAAACUGCCGUCGAUACAGUUUUCAGAUUUGAUCCUCGGUAUAAUAAAUGGAUGCAGGUUGCAUCAUUAAAUGAAAAGCGCACAUUCUUCCACUUGAGUGCCCUCAAAGGACAUUUGUAUGCUGUUGGUGGGCGAAGUGCAGCUGGUGAACUGGCUACAGUAGAAUGUUACAACCCAAGAAUGAAUGAGUGGAGUUAUGUCGCAAAAAUGUGCGAACCCCACUAUGGCCAUGCUGGAACAGUGUAUGGAGGCUUAAUGUAUAUUUCAGGAGGAAUUACUCACGACACUUUCCAAAACGAGCUCAUGUGUUUUGACCCAGAUACAGACAAAUGGACACAAAAGGCUCCAAUGACUACAGUCAGAGGUCUGCAUUGCAUGUGUACAGUUGGAGACAAGCUCUAUGUCAUUGGUGGCAAUCACUUCAGAGGAACAAGUGAUUAUGAUGAUGUUCUAAGCUGUGAAUACUAUUCGCCGACCCUUGACCAGUGGACACCAAUUGCUGCUAUGUUAAGAGGUCAAAGUGAUGUUGGAGUUGCUGUCUUUGAAAAUAAAAUCUAUGUUGUAGGUGGAUAUUCUUGGAAUAAUCGUUGUAUGGUUGAAAUUGUCCAGAAAUAUGACCCAGAAAAGGAUGAGUGGCAUAAAGUUUUUGACCUUCCAGAGUCACUUGGUGGCAUUCGAGCUUGUACUCUCACAGUUUUUCCACCUGAAGAAAACCCUGGGUCACCUUCUAGAGAGUCACCUCUUUCAGCACCUUCAGAUCAUUCUUAGGAAUAAGGUAUAAUACCUUUGCAAUGCAUCAUGGAUGAUCUCCUACUUCCCUGUCAGCUGUGUCUUCUUACAGUGAUUGGUAGUUAUUAGAUAGAGA